ACCAUAUAUCCAUCGUAAAGAGCUCGAUAUCAUCUGAAAAUGGCAGUCGCUCAUUUUGUUCUGAUUCAUACCAUUUGCCAUGGUGCAUGGAUUUGGUAUAAGCUCAAACCAGUCCUUGAGGCAGCUGGCCACAAGGUCACUGCACUGGACCUUGCAGCCAGCGGUGUUGACCCAAGGCAAAUUGAGCAGAUUAAUUCAUUUGAUGAGUACUCUGAACCCUUAUUGACUUUCUUGGAGGAACUCCCCCAAGGAGAAAAAGUGAUUCUAGUUGGCGAGAGCUGUGGAGGACUCAAUAUUGCUAUUGCUGCUGAUAAAUACCCUGAAAAGAUUGCAGCUGCUGUUUUCCAAAAUUCACUACUGCCUGACACUAAACAUAAGCCAUCUUAUGUCGUGGAUAAGCUCUUGGAGGUAUUUCCAGACUGGAAAGACACUGAGUAUUUUGAGUUCUCUAAUAGCAAUGGUGAGACCAUAACUGGAAUGGUACUAGGCUUAAACCUAAUGAGGGAGAAUUUAUAUACCGUAUGCCCUCCAGAGGAUUAUGAAUUGGCGAAGAUGCUAACAAGAAAGGGAUCAUUAUUUCAAAAUAUUUUAGCUCAAAGAGAGAAAUUCACCGAAAAAGGUUAUGGAUCAAUUAAGAAAAUUUAUGUGUGGAAUGAAGAAGAUAAAAUAUUUUUACCAGAAUUUCAACUCUGGCAAAUAGCAAACUAUAAACCAGAUAUGGUUUUUAGGGUAAUAGGUGGAGAUCAUAAGCUUCAGCUUACAAAGACGAACGAGAUUGCUCAAAUUCUGCAGCAGGUUGCUGAUAUUUAUGCCUGAACCAUUUGAUUAUUGCUAAGUCAAUUUGGAUGCAGCUAUAAAUAAUCUCACAUAUUCAUGUGCGUUAAAGGGAAGAUUACCCCUAUUGUGUAAUCUAUUAUGCUUUUCUUUAAAUCAAAUAAAUACAAUUAUUAAGUGUUUGUC